AUGGUUAGGUCAGUGAAGAGGUGUUUAAAGAAGGUACUAGGGAAUGCGAGGUUGACAUUUGACGAAUUACUGACAGUAUUGGUAGAAGUUGAGGCAACAUUAAAUUCUAGGCCAUUGACUUACACGUACGACGAGGUGGGUAGUGAACCACUAACUCCGUCGCAUUUGGUGACGGGAAGAAAGUUUUUGUCCAUGCCAGACGAAGUGUCUGGUGAAGAGGAGUCUGAUGAGGGUUACUGUAAAAAACGGUGGCGAAAAGAGUAUUUAGUUGAUUUAAGAGAGUUUCAUAAGCAGGACAAAGACAAUACUAAUAGGGCAGUGCAAAGGGGAGAUGUCAUAACUGUUUAUGAGGAUAAUGUCAAAAGGGGAAGUUGGAAAACAGGUGUAAUAGAGGAGUUGGUUGUAGGGAAAGAUGGUGUGGUUAGAGGCGCUAAGGUUCGGUUAGUUAGGAACGGUAAAGUCGUUCACCUUAAUCGUCUCGUCCAAAAACUCUUUCCUACCGAGUUGAAGCACGACGAAGGCGAGUGUGAGCGAGAAGAGAGAGAGAAAGGACUGAAAGGAAGUCUUGAAAUCUCUUUAAAUGUUGAUGGGCUUCCUUUGUUUAAAAGUUCUGCAAAAAAUAUAUGGCCAGUGUUGUAUGCCAUUUUGAAUAUCAAACCUGUUGUAGUGUUUCCUAUUGUCCUAACAUGGGGUGACUCCAAGCCAAAAGACUUUGAGUUUUUGGAUGAGUUUAUAAAAGAUUUGAAGGGUAUUCUAGAGAGGGGAGUCCAAGAGGGGGAAAAGGUUCUGACUGUUACAGUAAGGGGCAUUGUUUGUGAUGCUCCUGCAAGAACACUUGUUAAAAGGUACAAAACUUUGUACUGGUUUUUUGGUUUUGACAAGUGUACACAAAAAGGGAAGUGGCUUGGUCGAGUGACUUACUCUCAAAAUAAUAAUAUAGAAUUGCGCACUAUUAAUUCCUUUAGCAAGCAGAUACAAGAAGAACAUCGUCGCUUUGUCAGGCCUUUCUGUCACUUGCUUGCUGGUAUGGUAAAACAAUUUCUAAUUGACUACAUGCAUCAACUGUGUCCAGAUGUUAUACGUAAAUUGAUUAUGGUUUGGAUGAGGGAAAAUCGCGCUUUUAAAAUGUCUGUUGCCCAUGUAGAGGCUAAUGGUAAAAAAUUGGUGGAGUAUAAACCAUUUAUCCCUUCCACAUUUGUGCGAAAACCUAGGAAUUUAUUGGAGGUUCGCAUAUGGAAAGCUAAAAAAUUCAGACAGUUUCAUUUGUAUACAGGCAAAAUUGCUUUGAAAGGUAUUUUAAGGCCUCAUUUAUAUGAAAAUUUCUUGGUCUUAAGUGUUGCAAGUUCCAUUCUGGUUAGUCCUUUGUUUGCUCAGCUCCACAAAAAUUACGCUAAGCAAUUAAUGCAUUAUUGAUGAUUAUUGCAUUAUUGUUGAGCAAAGUAUGUUCUUGUAUGGAGAUGAAUUCGUAGUGUAUAACGUACAAAGUAUGAUUCAUUUCGCUGAUGAGGUGGAACAGUUUGGGUGUUUGGAUACAUGUAGUUCAUUUCCGUUUGAGAAUUAUAUGCAAAAGUUAAAAAAAAUGGUUUGUUCUGGAAAAAGCCCCAUUGCACAAAUUGCUAAACGUUUAAGUAAGUGUUCUGGCACUAUUUAACAAAAUGAUGAAGCUUCUAUAAGUCUAAAGGUCCCAUACAAUGCAUUUUUGUUAGAUAAUUCAUCGUGUGGUGAAGUUGUUGACAAAGCAAGUAAUAGUUGGGAUAAUGAAGAACUUUUUCUUUGCCGAAUACAUGACAAAACUGUGCCUUACUUUACAACUCUUUGUGACUCCACAAAUCAUCAUCUCAAUGGAACACAAUGAAAGUGCUUCCUUUUAACCAAUUAACAAAAAAAGCAAUAAUGAUUGAUUAUGGCUGCGGAAAAAAAUAUUUAUAGUCGUUUUGCAUACCACUAACUAAUAAUAAAGGUAAAAUAACCAGUUUUCAGAAAGUUUUUGGAAGAAAAUGUGUUCCAACAUUUAAACAUGUUUUGUUUAAUGAUAAAAUUUCUCUAUUCGGCCUUACGUUUUACAGUCCAUUACACUACUUAACUAAAUUCAUAGAUUUUGCCUGAUGCAUGUUUAUUUGAAUGUAAAUAGGAAAU